GUAAAACGCAAGUAAAGUUUGACAUGGAGAAGAAAAGUGACUGAAGGAAUAAGAUAAAUUCAGUUGAACCUUUGAAGCUGGCUGUAUGAAAAAAGUACUUGAGCAUUGCCUACAUCCCUGCUCACUGACCACCUGGAGAUAGCAAGAACUGCAGAUGCUGGAGUCAGAGUCGAUGCAGUGUGGAGCUGGAGGAACACAGCAGAUUACAAAUGGUGUGGUUGUUUAUCAUGAAUCGAAUGAGCUCACAGAGCAGUUCGCCCCAGAGACGACGUAUGAUCCUUGGAAUUAUUGUUCUGUUGGCUGUCGAUAUUAUCUGGGUUGUAUCUUCCGAACUUACCUCGUAUAUGUUUAAAAAAUAUGAGAAACCCUUCUUUAGUACGUUUGCCAAAACAUCUAUGUUUGUACUUUACCUCAUUGGAUUCCUUGUUUGGAAGCCCUGGCGGGAACAGUGUACCAAUGGAAGACAUGGUGCAUUGUUUGCAGAUGCUGAAAACUACCUUGCCACUUGUACUACAGACACUAGUAUAAAUGAUUCUUUGAGUGAACCACUGUAUAUCCCAGUAAAAUUUCAUGAUUCAGCCAAUGAAAAAAAUAGUAAUGACAACAACACAGCUUUAAAAAAAACACGCGUUAGAUUCAGUAACAUAAUGGAGGUACGGCAACUUCCUGCUCAUCAUGCAUUUGAAGCAAAACUCUCUCGGAUGUCCUAUCCAGCAGCAAAGGACCAUGAAGCAGUGCUCAAAUCUGUUGGCAAAUUAACAGUAUCACAAGUAGCAAAAAUCAGCUUUUUCUUCUGCUUUGUGGUUAGUACUUGUUAUAAUGCACUACAUUAAAAAUUGAAGGGUAAACC